UCCACAGACGGAUUACAACAAGGGACACAACCGCGAAGUCACUGACACCGCGUUAGCUGCGGAUCAUAAACCAAAACAAAUCACAGCCCAGCACAGACGCAGACAUGCAGGGCACCAAGCAAGGGAUCUACUGGAGACUUUUUCUCGUUUCAUGUCUGUUUUUGGAGAGUUCUUCUCAAGACUUUGGCGGACAGACGCAGUUCAUUUGCACGUCCGUACCCAAGGAUAUGGACAUAUGCGCAGCCACUUUGCAGAACAGUGUGCCUGGGGAGGACUUGAAGACCACUGUUAUGCAGCUGAGGGAGACAGUUUUGCAGCAGAAAGAGACGAUAAUGAACCAAAAAGAGACUAUUAGAGAACUGACCUCAAAGUUGGCCCGGUGUGAGAGCCAGAGCGGCAUCGAGCCCGGGGACGCACGGCCCGGGGGCAGGAGAAAAGAAGCUGGGACCAAAAACACAAUGGGGGAUGUAUCGAGGGGCCCCGCUGACACUUUGACGCAACUAUCACAGACUUUACAGUCGUUGAAGCAGAGAUUAGAAAACCUGGAGCAAUUCAGCAGAAGUAAUAACUCAGUGCAGGCGAACAGCCUUAAAGACCUGCUCCAAAGUAAAAUCGACGACUUGGAGAAGCAGGUGUUGUCCCGGGUGAACAGCAUCGAGGAGGGGAAGCCCGGACUCCGGAAUGAGACGGAGCAACGCGGGAGAGUGGAGUCCACCCUCACAUCUCUACACCAGAGGAUUACCGAUCUGGAGAAAGGUCAGAGAGAAAACAGGCCUCUGGAUAAAUUCCAGCUCACAUUUCCACUGAGAACCAACUACAUGUACGCCAAAGUGAAGAAGAGUUUGCCUGAGAUGUACGCCCUCACCGUGUGCAUGUGGCUCAAAUCCAACGCGUCCCCGGGCGUGGGCACACCUUUCUCCUAUGCAGUCCCAGGUCAAGCCAACGAGCUGGUCCUCAUAGAGUGGGGAAACAACCCGAUGGAGAUACUCAUCAAUGACAAGGUCGCAAAGUUGCCUUUUCUCAUCAACGAUGGAAAGUGGCAUCACAUCUGCGUGACCUGGACCACUCGUGAUGGUGUUUGGGAAGCUUUCCAAGAUGGUGUCAAGAGGGGGAGUGGCGAGAAUCUGGCUCCUUAUCAUCCUAUAAAACCACAGGGCUUGUUGAUCCUCGGUCAAGAGCAGGACAUGCUUGGAGGAGGAUUUGAUGCCACGCAAGCUUUUGUCGGAGACCUAGCAAAUUUUCACAUCUGGGAUCGGAAACUAUCAGUGGGAGAGAUAUAUAAUCUAGCAACGUGCAGCAGCAAAGCACAAGUGGGCAACGUUUUUGCAUGGAUGGAGACCAGCCUUGAUAUUUACGGAGGAGCCUCCAAGUGGACAUUUGAAGCAUGUCGGCAGCUCAACUGAACUGCAGGGAAGAGGAGAUGAACGUAUAGGUCCAAGCCGCCGUUGUCACAGCAUCGGUAAACUGAUAUGAGAGAUCAGGAGGCGGGGAUUUCAGCGAAACGGCAUCUGGAUUUGUUAUAGAUAUUCGAAAUCAUCAUCUGCGGACACUCGAUAGGUUUUCUCUUGGGACAGGUCACUGGAAAUGCACACUCUGGCAUCCUGUUGUACUCGAAUGCGUAUCAGGCCUAUCUUGUGAUUUCGUUUGAGAGUGAAGCCGAAGCCGCUCCGGAGAGCCCAGGACUCUCUCGGAGACCGAAGUGACAGGCCAGCAUCAAAGUAUAGUAGGAGGUCAUGUAGUUUUUAGUGAACAGAUGUCACACAAUUCAACUAAAUGACUUCAAAAACGUCUUUUUCUGUCUUGACUGCCAGGGAUUUUCACUGUGAAAAAAUGACAUGGUGGACUUCUGAAAGGAACGUGUUCUCCGAGAGGUUAUGAAAUAGACAACAUUGUUUCUCUGUCACUAUUCUUUCUCUACCACCACCUGCUUGACGUGAUUUUGUGUAAAGAAUGACAUAUUUAUUGCCAACAUCUGAGCCUGAGUGCCUUGGGCUGUUGAAAAAAACUCAGCACAUUCAUUAUGAUUUGCAGGGUGUUUGUGUUUAUUUUCUUGUAAAUUACUUUAAAAAGAGGUGUUUAUUGUAACACUUUGAAUGAGUCUAGACUAGAGUGUUUAUUGUAAAAUGCAAUUCGUUGAUGACAAUGGUGCAUUUUGCAGAUGUCUGUACUUCAAUGGGAAUGUUCUCUGUACAGUAACAGCAUGUCUUAACUUCUGUAAAUGCUGCGUCAGCAUCCUUUGCUUUUACUAUCCUACUUUUGGGUUAAAGUUUUAUACUGUAUUGUUAUAUGCUUAAAGCAUGGCAACACCAACAGAUGAAAAAAGUUCUAGUUUUUGUAAUAAAUAGUGAUAUUUGAAUCA